GGGACAAUUGGGCUACCGAGCCUCUGCCAAAAAGGCUCAAAUUUGCCAGACCCAGGUUACUUAUUUAGGCUACCAGCUACGGGAUGGACAGCGAUGGCUGACCCCGGCCAGGAGACAGACUGUGGCCGGCAUCCCUGCCCCCAAGAAUGGCCGACAGCUACGAGAGUUCUUGGGGACAGCGGGAUUCUGCCGCCUCUGGAUUCCUGGGUUUGCUGAAAUGGCAGCCCCUUUGUACCCCCUCACUAAACCGGGGGUGCUCUUCCAGUGGGGACCAGAGCAGCAAAAAGCAUUUGAAAACAUCAAACAGGCCUUAUUGUCCUCCCCUGCCUUGGGUCUCCCUGAUAUUACCAAACCUUUUGAACUGUUCAUCGAUGAGAAACAGGGGUAUGCUAAAGGGGUCCUAACACAAAGGUUGGGACCCUGGAAACGCCCUGUAGCCUACCUGUCUAAGAAAUUGGACCCUGUGGCCUCCGGCUGGCCACCGUGCCUAAGGAUGGUGGCUGCUAUUGCUGUCCUGAUCAAGGAUGCUGGAAAAUUGACUUUGGGACAGCCACUCACCAUCCUAGCACCCCACGCAGUGGAGGCCUUGGUAAAGCAGCCCCCAGACCGCUGGCUCUCUAAUUCCCGCAUGACCCACUACCAAGCCUUGUUACUGGAUGCAGAACGGGUUCAGUUUGGGCCCGUAGUCGCCCUCAAUCCUGCCACCUUGCUUCCUCUACCAGAGGAGGCAGAACAACAUGACUGCCUACAAAUCCUCGCAGAAGUACAUGGAACCAGGCCGGACCUAUCGGACCAGCCUCUUCAGAAUGCUGACCACACAUGGUACACGGAUGGCAGCAGCUUCUUGGCAGAGGGAGAGCGAAAGGCUGGAGCUGCGGUCACUACGGAGGACAAAGUAAUUUGGGCAAAAGCCCUGCCUGCUGGUACCUCCGCACAACGGGCUGAACUCAUCGCCUUGACUCAGGCGCUCAAGAUGGCAAAAGGACACCAGAAGGGGCACAACCCAGAGGCACGAGGAAACCGGCUGGCCGAUGCCACGGCGCGAGAAGUGGCCAUGAGCAAACAAAUCUUACCCUUAAAUAGCCCAGACCAACCCACGCCCCCACCAGUGGGACAAACCAGUUGGGUUUAUGCCCAUGAGGACAUAGAGCUCCUAGAAAAAAUGGGGGCCAUCUACCACCCUCAACUAAAACAGUGGGUCUACAAAGGAAAGACAGUUAUGCCAAUAAAAAUGACUUUUGAAUUGAUCUCUUUUUUACACAAAUUAACCCAUUUGGGGUUUAAGAAGAUGAAAACCUUACUAGAUUGGGAAGAGAUAAAUCUGUGGUUUUUGAAUCGGGACAAAGCGAUACAAAAGGUGACUGAGAGUUGCAAAGUGUGCGCUCAGGUUAACCCGGGAAGGACCAUGAUUGGACAAGGAGUUCGUCCUAGGGGACACCGUCCCGGCAUCCAUUGGGAAAUUGAUUUUACUGAAAUUAAACCAGGUAUGUAUGGAUACAAGUAUCUCCUAGUGUUUGUAGACACCUUCUCAGGAUGGGUCGAAGCCUUCCCCACAAAGCACGAGACUGCAAAAAUGGUCACCAAGAAGCUCCUCGAGGAAAUCUUUCCCAGGUAUGGCAUGCCUCAAGCGUUGGGGUCGGACAACGGGCCCGCUUUCGUCUCCCACGUAAGUCAGUUGGUGGCCAAAUUGCUGGGGAUUGAUUGGAAAUUACAUUGUGCCUAUAGACCCCAGAGUUCAGGUCAGGUAGAACGCAUGAAUAGAACAAUUAAGGAGACUUUAUCCAAACUUACGCUUGCAACUGGCUCAAAGGAUUGGGUGACCCUCCUUCCCCUAGUUCUCUAUCGGGCCCGGAAUACCCCGGGCCCCCAUGGUCUAACUCCUUUUGAAAUAAUGUAUGGAGCACCACCCCCAUUUGUCCAUUUCUUUGAUUCAAACAUUGCUGAUUUCACUGACAGCCCUUCUCUGAGGGCCCAUUUACAGGCCCUACAGAUUGUGCAGAAAGACGUCUGGAGACCUUUGGCCGCUGCUUACCAGGACGAGCUUGAGCAUCCGGUGGUGCCACACCCGUUCCAGAUUGGAGACACCGUGUGGGUGCGCAGACACCAGACCAAGAAUCUCGAGCCACGGUGGAAAGGACCCUACACUGUCCUCCUGACUACCCCGACCGCCCUAAAGGUAGACGGAGUCGCGGCUUGGAUCCACGCAUCACACGUCAAGGCAGUCCGGUCUGAGGAAUUGACUAAUCACAACACUACACCCCAGACAUGGAGAGUUCAGCGCACUCCAAACCCCUUAAAGUUAAAACUCCUACGUGGCUCCUCCUAGUCCUUUUGUGGCCUAGAGUCAGUGGGGGAAUAAGCCCCCACCACAUUUAUAACAUUACCUGGAUAGUCACUAAUCUCAUGACAGGAAGGCUGGCUAAUGCUACCUCCGUAAGGGGGACACUGGCCGAUGCCUUCC